AUUCUGGACAAACCCAUAAGCCAAACAAAACAGCUCUCUGGUAGGUGUUUACGCUUAGCGUUUUCACCCUACAAUGAGAUCGCUGCCUAUUUUAGUUCUUUCCCUCCUGAUUCUUGUCCUUGCUGCCCAUGUAUCCCAAGCCGAUGACAAGGGCUCUUCGGUUGGAAAUGGGAAGGAUUCCCAUGACGGUGAUGGUCAUAAAUCAAAUGGUGUAGGGCCGGUGAAAAAACCAAAGUGCCCUAAGCCCGGACAUGGUUCGAAAAACCAUGACAAUGAUGGUCGAGGACCACCAGAAAAGGAGUGCGAUGAUGGAGAGACAACACCGUCAUCACCUGGGCCUUCCCCAGACCAAGGUAAUGGUUCACCAUCACCACCGCCAUCCCCAUCCUAUUCACCACCGGUGACUCCAUCACCUCCACCUUCGUCAGAAACUAGUCCUCCUACUACACCUCCACCCUACCAACCUAGCAAUCAAUCUCCUCCGCCGUCAUCCUCAAGCCCCCCACCAACACCUUCAUCUAGUCCACCUGUUACACCUCCAACCUACGAACCUAAUGAUCAAUCGCCACCGCCUCCAUCUAGUGUGCCCGCGGCACCUCCAAUGAACCCGACUAAUGAUCAGCCUCCUCCACCAACAACGUCAUCUAGCCCCCCACCAACACCUCCGUCUAGUCCCCCUGUUAUGCCUCCAUCCUACGAACCCAACGAUCAAUCGCCACCACCUACAUUGAAUCCUCCAUCCAUUCCAUCACCACCUCCAUCAAGCCCAACUGCGGCACCUCCUAUGAACCCGACUACUAAUCAGCCUCCCCCACCAUCAUCGUCAUCUAGCCCGCCACCAAUAGCUCCAACUACUCAACCACCUGCCUCUAGCCCACCUGCUACACCUCCAACAGACUCAACUGAUGAGGAAACUCCAACAUCACCACCAUCAUCUAGUCCACCACUAACUCUAUCAAGUCCUCCACCACCGUCAUCAAGUACACCACCGGCUCCAUCCAUUGCCACACCACCUUUGUCUAGUCCCCCCGCUACACCUCCAACGUACCAAGAUGAUGACCAGUCCCCUCCACCUCCACCAUCAUACAACCCGCCACCGACAGCUUUAGCUAGUCCUCCACCACCACCAUUGAGUCCGCCAGCAAUAGCACCAACCACUAGCGCACCUCCUCCAUCUACUUCCCCACCGCCUAUGUCUAGUCCACCAGCAACACCUCCAAUAGACUCAACUGAUGAGCAAACUCCACCACCAUCAUCUAGUCCACCAGUAGCUCUAUCAAGUCCUCCACCACCAUCAACGAGUACACCACCGGCUCCAUCUAUUGCCACACCACCAUUGUCUAGCCCCCCCGCUACACCUCCAACGUACCAAGCUAAUGACCAGUCCCCUCCACCUCCACCAUCAUACAGCCCGCCACCGACAGCUUUAGCUAGUCCUCCACCACCACCACUGAGUCCACCAGCAAUAGCACCAACCACUAGCACACCUCCUCCAUCUACUUACCCAUCGCCUAUGUCUAGUCCACCAGCAACACCUCCAACAGACUCAACUGAUGAGCAAACUCCAUCACCGCCACCAUCUAGUCCACCAGUAGCUCUAUCAAGUCCUCCACCACCAUCAUCGAGUACACCACCGGCUCCAUCUAUUGCCACACCACCAUUGUCUAGCCCCCCCGCUACACCUCCAAUGUACCAAGCUAAUGACCAGUCCCCUCCACCUCCACCAUCAUACAGCCCGCCACCGACAGCUUUAGCUAGUCCUCCACCACCACCAUUGAGUCCACCAGCAAUAGCACCAACCACUAGCACACCUCCUCCAUCUACUUACCCAUCGCCUAUGUCUAGUCCACCAGCAACACCUCCAACAGACUCAACUGAUGAGCAAACUCCAUCACCGCCACCAUCUAGUCCACCAGUAGCUCUAUCAAGUCCUCCAACACCAUCAUCGAGUACACCACCGGCUCCAUCCAUUGCCACACCACCUUUGUCCAGUCCCACUGCUACACCUCCGACGUACCAAGCUGAUGACCAGUCCCCUCCACCUCCAGCCUCAUACAAUCCCCCACCGCCAGCUUUAGCUAGUCCUCCUCCACCACCAUUGAGUCCACCACCAAUAGCCCCAACCACUAGCGCAUCUCCUCCAUCUACUUACCCAUCGCCUAUGUCUAGUCCACCAGCAACACCUCCAACGGACUCAACUAAUGAGCAAACUCCAUCACCACCACCAUCUAGUCCACCAGUAGCUCUAUCAAGUCCUCCACCACCAUCAUCAAGUACACCACCGGCUCCAUCCAUUGCCACACCACCUUUGUCUAGUCCACCUGCUACACCUCCAACGUACCAAGCUGAUGACCAGUCCCCUCCACCUCCACCAUCAUAUAGUCCGCCACCGACAUCUUUAGCUAGUCCUCCACCACCACCAUUGAGUCCACCAGCAAUAGCACCAACCACUAGCGCACCUCCUCCAUCUACUUCCGCAUCGCCUAUGUCUAGUCCACCAGCAACACCUCCGACCAACCAAGGUAACCACCCACCGCCAUCAUCACCAUUAAGUCCACCUACCACACCUCCGAUGUACCAAGUUAACCAACCACCACCGCCACCACAAUUUAGUCCCCCAGCCACAUCUCCGACCUAUCAAGGUAAUGCCCCACCACCGGCAUCGGCACCAGCACCACUUAGUCCCUCAGCAGUAGCACCGCCGCCUGGUGCCCCUACUGGCAAUGGAUGGGUGCAAGUUCAGAACUUUCAUGAUGCCCUAUACUGGCAAAUCGGGCGCUUUGUAGUGUUCAAGUUGGUAAACAAGAAGGACAACUCCCUUGUUGAUGUGCUCUAUGUGGGCAUGCAACCUGCAGGAAAGGGCAACAACUACUUUCUUGUGAUAAAAGUAGCAGAUGAAUAUAAGAAGGUCGGCAAGUAUCAUGUGCUCCUAUGGGGUGUGCCCGGGUCAGCAGAUGAAGCAUGGAAAGUAUAUUGGCUCAAAUUUGUAGGAUGAUAAGCACAUGGUGAAAACAAGAUUAUCUAGCUAUCGACCAUGCAUGGCAUUUCUAGGGAGAAGAUAUAUAGACAUUUUGUGGUAAAUGUGCACCUGCAUGGAUUAGUUGAUCUUUGUAGCUUUGAGGGGAUUGAUAUCCAACUAUAUGUUCUGAUUUCAGUAAUAAAUUAAUGUUGUGUUCUCGUUAAAA